GCAUAAUCUGCUGCAUCGCACCACUCAUGUAAACUCGACCGUGACAGAAGCUUGAGUCACGGUGUUUCAUGACCAUAGUAGUAUCAUGAUAGUUGUUUGGAUCAGAGAUCGUUGCCAAACAACCACCUGAAUCUGAAUUCGGGUUAGACCCUAGCCAACUCCUUGCAUAGUCAUCGCACAUGUAGAAGGUGUCACUAGCAUUCGAGUGCGAGCAUCUUGAUUCCUCAUAGACUCAUUUAACGUCCCUGCUCGCGACUCAUGUCAGGUCCUUGUACAACGACUUCGACAAAGCCACAUAAUCGAAACCCAACUGGGAGGAACCAAUACAAGGACUGUCCCCCGAAGAAUGACAAUCAGGUUACGGAGCUUCUGUAUGACUACCAACGGAGAGAAAUAUUCGAUAAGAAGAAGAUUAGUCAACUCCUGUAUGACGAGCAUGGUAUUAAGCUGAGUGAAAGCUCGGUAGCUCGAAGACGAAGAGCUCUGGGUCUCUAUGCAAGUGGUGUGACCACCCGACAACUGCCAGAAACGGUCAAACGACAGCUCGUGCUCACUCAGAUGUUGAAAGACCCGGAAAAGAAACUCGGCCCUAGGAUGAUCAAACAGCUAAUUGCCCGUGACACUGGUAUUCAUCUGACAAGGGAUUACAUCAGGGCUGAGAUGAUGAGACAAGACCCUGAGGGGUUUGCAUCUAGAGAUACGUCCGUGAAGAAGACAAAUACCUUGGAAAUAAGCGAUGGAGAGUCUAUGGUCCAUACCAUGACCGUGUUGCCGACAUGUUGA